UCCGGAAGCGAAUCUGAUCAAAGAAGAGGCGGGACUUCCUUCCCGGAGGUGACCCACGUGCUUCCGCCCUAGCCUACCUGGUCCAACGGUGAGUCUCCAGUAUUUGCCUGAAGUUGGGGACACUGCGGGCAUUGUGACUGGCCCCAGGCCGUGAGACUAGGAGGCCAGAAGAUUUCCCCCUCGGUGCAGGUUUGAGAUGGAUCCACUCAGGGCCCAGCAGCUGGCUGCGGAGCUGGAGGUGGAGAUGAUGGCUGAUAUGUACAACAGAAUGACCAGUGCCUGCCAUCGGAAGUGCGUGCCUCCCCACUACAAGGAAGCAGAACUGUCCAAGGGCGAGUCUGUGUGCCUGGACCGCUGUGUCUCCAAGUAUCUGGACAUCCAUGAGCGGAUGGGCAAGAAGUUGACAGAGUUGUCUAUGCAGGAUGAAGAGCUGAUGAAGAGGGUACAGCAGAGCUCUGGGCCCGUGUGAGGCCCCAGACAGUAUACACGCCAAGGUGCGCCGUGCCCCUUCCCAUUUGUCUAAUAAAAGUGCCCCCAUUGGGUGUCAUCCGUGAAGACUGCUGAGCCUUGGCUCCCUCAGGAGAGACUCCAGGAGGCCGGAGUAUGGUGGGGCUACUCUCCUAGUUGAAGAAGGGGUAUUUGUCACACUGCAAUGUGACUGUGUAUGUACGUGUAUGUGUGUGUGUAUAUAUAUAUAUAUUAAAACAGGUUUGUUGACACCUCCUACACGGAAA